AUGAGCAGCGCCUCGCGCCACAUUGCCUGCAAGCUCUGCCGCGACCGCAAGGUGCGCUGUGACGGCGGCCAGCCGCGCUGCCAGCGCUGCCUGCGCUCCGGCGACGAGUGCGUCUACGCGCUGCCGGCCAAGCAGCAGCGCCGCAACGGCGACCUGCAGCAGACGGUCGAGCUGCUCGAGGAGCGCCUGAGCCAGGCCGAAGCCGCCCUCUCCAGCACCAGCACCCGCCACUCGUCCGCCUCGGGCUCCGCCUCAGGUGCCUCCGUCUCGGACACGCCGGGGCGCAGCCUGCCGCCCGCGACGACGCCCGCCCUCACCCUCGACCUCGACUCCCUGCCCACCGCGCCCGUGCUCGACGACUUCGACUUCAACCUGCUGGACGCCAGCGCCGCCCUGCUGUCGCCGCCGCCCGCCCCCGAGCUGCUGGGCGACGAGCCGUGGGAAAGCGUGCAAACCGACCUCAACAACAUCUACUUCCGCCUCGUGGACCCUUCGUUUCCGCUCGUCGAGCGCGCCGACUGCCCCGCCACCCCGGCCGACCCGCUCGCGCCCCAGGAGGCCUGCGCGCUGCAGCUGGCCCUCUUCGCCCACGCCGCCCUGCGGUGCCGCUCAUACAGCCAUCUGGCCGAUGGCUGCUACGAGAGCGCCCGCCGCACCCUCGAGCGCGUCGAGAUUGAGACGCCCACCCAGUCCACCAACGUCACCGCCCUGCAGGCCUACGUGCUCGUUGCGCUCUUCGAGUUCCGCAAGGGCUUCUUCACCAGGGCCGUUGCCAGUGCCAACCGCGCCGUGUGGAUCUCGCGCCUGCUCCGCCUGCAUCGCCUGGACGCGCCCGGCGCCGCCCCGCUGCCGCUGCACGAAGCCGAGCGGUGCCGGCGAGCCUUCUGGGCCGCCUUUAUGCUCGACAUGUUCGUCCGCAUCGACGCCGAUGCCUCGCCGCGCAUGGCACUGGACGAGAGAGAGAUCUCGACCCUGCUGCCGGCAUGUCUGCCCGGUGAGCCAAUCACGCUCGGCGACGCCUGCGCCAUGCCCAACAGUGGCAAGCUGGAUCCCCACCAGGGCCUGGUCCUCUCCAUGGCCAUCGCCGGCAAGGCCAUCUCGCUUGCCCAUCAUCUGAGCCGUGAGAAGGCGCCGGGCUUCCCGCGCUGCGACUUCUGGAUCAGGCACGACCAGCUCAACGACACCGUAGACAACGCCCGGAGGUACGGCCUGGCCCAUUUCCACGCCUCGAGCGCGGGUCUGGAUCCCAUUACCUUGAGCACCCAGGCCCUGCUGUACGCCUCGGAGUUGACCCUCUGCGAGGCGGCCAGGUGCAAGUCGCGAGCCAUGUCGGUCGGCGCCAGCUUCCGGUCUGCCAAGCGCCAGCGUUGGAUGCCCGCCAUGCUCGGAUUCAUCGACGUCGUCGUUCAGCUGAACCACGUCGAUGCGAACAAACUGCAUCCCUUCACUCCAUGGGCUGUGUACGUAGCCAUGCAGUCAUGCAUUCGCCAGCUCCACCAAAGCGAGGCGUCGCCACCCGAUGGCCUGACUUCGACCGACUCGUCCCCCACCCCCGACUUUUCGCAGCUGCUCGACUGGAUCCACCUUCUCUCCUCUACCAUGUCAGAGCUGCAGAAGUCCACUGCAUUUGCCGGCGCUUUUGAUGUUGAUGUCCGCAAGGAGAUAGAGUCUGGGGACGAUUUCAUCCACAGCCGCGUUGUAGGCUUGGCCAAUUUUCCUGUUGUCGCGAGGAGAUACGGAGUAUAG